CUAUUGAAAAGGAUGCUUUACUAGCUUGCUCUGCUUCUUCUACGGUGUGGAUAACAUAUUUAACGGCUAUAGCUACGGAAGUUAUGAAAGAACGGAAGCGUUCCACACUGUCCGUAGAAGAUAUCUUUACUGCGCUUGUUGAAGUGGAUUUUGGAGACUUUGUAGACCCUUUGAAACAGUUUUUACAGGAAUAUAAAGAACAACAGUCAAGGAAAAAGGAAGCGAAAUGGGAACAGAGGCAAGCCGCACGGGGAAUGUUUCAAGUCCCUGAAGGAGAAGCUUUGGAUAUCACAGCUGAAACUAGAGAUCCUUCGGAUAUUCCUUUUUUUGAACGAGCGUCUUCUUCCACCGGCGUUAUGACAACCUUGAGUUCGGAACCAAUGGUGAAUUAUGUUUCUCAUUAUGAACAACAACAAAGAUACAUAGAUAAUGAAAUGCAAGAAGACAAACCAAAACAAACUUCAAUCGAGUCACUACUCAACUAGCGUUGGAUUACGAAGGGGUACGAGAUUAUUUCAGGUUGAAAGUAUUACAAAUGAGUUGCUUGAUUUCUUUUCUUUUUUCAAGGAGUUGGUUAGAACUUAGGCUUCGAUACAAACACGAAGUAGAUGGAGGACCAGAGAAUUGUACGAAGAGUUCCUGAGAGACAAUGAGGUCUUCGAAAUAAGUUUUCAACUGAAAAGUUUGUGCCUUACCAUGAUUUGUAAAACGUAAAUACCACAGUCAUAAUUAUUGGUUUGUGUUGGAACGGUUUCCACAGAAUAUGUACAAGUAUUAGAAUCCAGGUCUAAUAGCGUUAACAGUUUAUCCGCGAAAGCUUUGGCAUUUUUGGAAGGUGCCUUAUGUAAUGAAUCAUAUUCCAUGAAGUGCUUUUUGCUAGGAAUAAAAGCCAAAAGUGUCCU